GGAGAGCGGCGGGCAAGGGCGGGGGGGGCGGCUCUGGAGCUCCCUGCCCUGAGAAACGGGAGGCAACGAAGCCGGGGGCGCCCCUGCCGCUCCCCAGCGCGGCUGAACGUGGCCGCGCUCCCGGCUGCAAGUCCCAGUGCCCGGGCGUAGCCCCUCGCUUUGAAAGUGAUCAGCCAAGGGGAGCGAGUGAAGCAGGCGUCGCUUCUCCCCCGGGGGAUGCUCUGUCUUGCUCAGGGUGACCCAGCCCCUGCAGCACUUGUGUCCUGAUCCUGAGCAGCAGCAUGAGUAUGGCAAACGAAACAUACUUCUUUAUAAAAGACAUAAAACCCGGACUGAAAAACUUAAAUGUCGUCUUUAUUGUGCUGGAGAUCGGACGAGUUACCAAAACCAAAGAUGGACAUGAAGUGAGAUCGUGUAAAGUAGCAGACAAAACGGGCAGCAUCACCAUUUCGGUGUGGGAUGAAAUCGGGAGUCUUAUACAGCCAGGGGAUAUUAUUCGAUUGACCAAAGGGUACGCAUCUCUGUGGAAAGGAUGUUUGACACUUUACACGGGAAGAGGGGGCGAGCUACAGAAAAUUGGGGAGUUCUGUAUGGUAUAUUCAGAAGUGCCAAACUUCAGUGAACCCAACUCAGACCACUUUGGGCAGAACAAACUGGCACAGGGUGAACAGAGUAAUAGUUCUUCAGCCAGUAAUUUGGGUACUUGUACUUUUGGGACAGUGGGAAAUGGUUUGCAAACUGGACCUGAAUCAAGUGGAUUUCCAUUUGCAUAUAACCAUGCCAACUCCUAUUCAGGUAGUGGGAGAGGCAGUGGACGAGGACCUGUAAAUCAACCAAUACCAGGAACGCCUAAUAAUGUUCAGCCUUUUGUACCUACAAUAAGUAAUGGGAGGGACCCACGCAGAGCCCAUAAAAGAUGACUAUGCCAAAUGUGGCUGUACAGCUUGCUUUAAACUACACAUCCUACUUGAACACUUUGCACUUUUAUUUAUGGUUAACUGUGGAAAAAGUUUGUCCUUUUGUGUUUUACCUUUUGGUCUAUGGAGUAAAGUGACUUUGAUUUAUGUUAAGAAAGCACAGUGAAGCUGCUUUCAUCCCAUAACUAAAAAGGAGGGAGUAAGAGUCCUGGGGUCUAAAUUAAAAUUGGAUGACUUUUUUUUUCUUAAAAAAAAGAGGAAGCAAAUGUCAGUUAGCUAUUUUGUUGCUCUCUUUCUCCUGGUCAGCCGUGCAGCCUUAGGGGUGUAGAGUGUCCCAUAUGUAUGUAUGUAACUUAACUUCCAGUAAGACGCGUGGGGUUGUGUGACUGCUUAGGGGGUGGUGGGAGGAGGGGAGAGGUGAAGGUGCCCUAAAUGGCCAGGCCGUCUUUUAAGAAUAGAAAUGACAUGUCUGAGCAAUAAGUACAGAAAUUGGUCAGUGCCAACAGCUACUGGUUUCUCCUAAAUAAAAGAAUGCAUAACUUUAACAGAAAUCAAGUGGCUACAGCAAAGAUGUGUUGAAUGCUGAACAAGCUUGACUUGUGUUGCCAAAAAGUGGAAAUUACAUCUCAAACUACAAUAUCUGCUUAAAAAUAAACUCUACCAUAAUAUUCCAAAUAAUCCUCAAGGAAACCUGAAUCCAUUUUGACUAGGGAAAACACCUGAAUCCACAGGUAUCUGUUCUUUAACCCAACGUUAUUUCCCUCUGUUUUCUAAUAAUAAUAAAGCGUGUUGAAUUCACCUAUGUAGCUAUCCGUUUAUAGAAAUCCCAAACAAAUAUUUUCUUGUUUAUAAUAAAGUGAUGUAUUCCCUUAUCCCCUCCAGAGAGUAGCAUUCUUGGGCAAGAUGGAUACAGUUUUUUACCCAAGAAAAGAUUCUAACUGCUGUAUUAUGUAGCAACAAAUUAUUUGCAGAGUGAACAGAUUCCAAUACCACACUUCAGAACAAAUUUUGGUAAUAGUGAAGACCCUGUAACGCUUACUGGAUUCCUUCUUUGUGGAUCUAUUCUUGAAGCUGACCUCUUAAAUAAAAGUUGCACUAACCAUGUU